UAAAUACGUCACGGCAAGUAGGAAAUUGGGGGUUGAUUUUUUCUCCUCCCUGGCGUAGAGCAGCACGAGCAAGAAAGGCAACGCCACGCCAUCGCCGCCUCUAUCCCCUCCUCCUCCUCUCUCUCUCCUCCACCAACCACGAGGCCGUCUCUCUACCUCUCUCUAAAUACCAGUUCGAGGAUCGGGUAUCUUCCGUAGGUUCUUGGCUGUGUUUUCGGUAGCCGCCGCCUGCCCGGGCGCCAAGAACUCCAAGAACAGGGGCGCAUGCGCGAGUACGAGCUCGGGAAGGAGGAGCAUGAGCCCCAGCCGGGGUGCGGGGAGGGGGCGGGGCAGGCGGCGGCGAACUGUGCGGCGGUAUGCUGCUGCUGCCCGCUGGCGCUGCUCGACGUCCUGCUGCUCGUCACCGUCAGGCUCCCCGCGGAGCUCAUGAGGCGGGUGAAGAGGAGGCGCCACCACAGCCGCGCCCGCGGCAGUGGCAAGAAGAGGCCGGCGGCGUCGCCGUCCGGGAGUAGCGGCAAGGCGAUGUUCGCCGCCGCCGCGGCGUCGCCGCUGGAGAUCGAGGAGGAGGCGCGCGGCGAGGCGGAGUCGGCGGCGUCGGAGCUGGAGCGGGAGAUCAUGGGCUCCCGGUUCUACGGCGCCGGCUUCUGGCGCAGCGUCUCCUCCAGCUCCAGCACUUCCUCCAUGCGGCAUCAAUAGCAACGUGCCCCUCCUCCUCUUCUUCCUCUUCUUCUUCUUCUUGCAAUUUUCCUGCGUACAUAAUAGCCAAUUACUCGUCAACGGUAUCAAGAGUGCAAGAUUAAUUGGCUCCUCAGUAUAGGCGUUCUUGGGUUUCAGUUCAGCAUGUGUAGCAUCAGUGCAUCACACUUGGUACAGCGAGUGAUUGUAUUGUGCUUUGUCCACACGUGCGAGCUCGGUCCGUGUGGGUUGGAUAAUUGGAUUGGCAUGCAAUUGUUUGGGGGAUGGACCAUGCCGGCCGGCAGUUUCAGACAGAGGACAGGAAUGAUGGUCCUCAUGUCUUGGAUCUUCUUUUUACCCUUUGGUUCCUCAGAGAGCAGCAAAUGCUGAAACUUGUGGUCAAACAGAUGAACAAUCAUCGAUUGUCAUUUUUAGAUAAUGGAAUAAAAAGAUAUCCCGGCCUCAAACAGUCUUUUGUUAUCGACUUGUGUAAUCAAACAUUGCAGUUUAUGACUUGUGCUGCUGUUCUCUAAAAUAAACAUUGCAAUUUAUGGA